UCUUGUUGCGAGGCGUAAAGUUUUUGUUUUUACGAAAAGAAAAUUAAAAUGAAUUCGUACGAUGUGUAUUUUAAUAGUAUUUGCCGCGUUUGUUUAUCAUGCAAAAGCAAUGAAAGUAUGGUUUGUCUCAUAAACAAUAGCAACAGAGAUGGGCUAAGUUAUUACGGUAAAGCAGUUACGAAGUUCGCCAAUGUUGUCAUCAGUAGAAACGACGAAUUACCGCAUUAUAUGUGCCAAAGCUGCUUGCAUUUGCUAACGCAGGCUAUCAAUUUUAAAUUAAAGUGUGAAUCAAGCGACAAAAACUUGUUGAACUUGUUUAAACAGCAUAGGAAGACAAAAUCUAACCUCAAGGAGAUUGUGGUGAAUUUUUCUUUGAUUAAAGACAAUUGCCCGCAAGCACUCAGUGAUGUUACGUCGUCGAGUAGCAGUGAAGAUGAAUCUGUAGACAUAAGCAACGUUAAAAUAAAAAAACAUGACUCCGAUAGUGAAGAAUCAAACAAUGAAAUUGACCACAACGAAGAACAAACUCAAGCGGAGCCCGAUAGCGAUAGUAGUGCUGAUGAGGUCCUAGAUCACUUAGAAAAAUCGCUCCUAGGGUUGUCAAGUAGUGACUAUAAGUUGUUAACAAAAAGUAGGAAGAGAACCCAGAAAAAAGCCAGCUUUAAAACCAAAAGAAAUGUAAUUAAGAAAAAAGUACAGCCAAAACAAGAGUCCAAAGCCAAAAUCAAAGAAAAUUAUGUUUGCAAAGUUUGCAACAAAGAAUUGGCUAAUCCAUCAACUUACAGAUAUCAUAUGCAACGACACACCGGUUUCAGUUACAUCUGCGAGAGCUGUGGCAAAGGAUUCCCUAUACAAGCCGAACUAAAUCGGCAUCAAGUUAAUAUUCAUGGAAUCGGACCAUCCUUGCAGUGUCCGCAUUGCGCUUACAAAGCUCCCGAACAGUUCAUGUUAACGGAACACAUCCGUUUACACACUGGGGAACGUCCGUACACAUGUGACAAGUGCGGUUUGACGUUCCGCAGACGAGCUAUAUGGAAGAAACAUAUGAUUUAUCAUAAAGAAAAGACCGUACAGUGCCCACAUUGUCCAAGGAAGUUUCAUCGAGUUGCUGAAAUGCAAUCGCACUCGAACAGCGUUCAUGAAAGGAUGUAUGUGUAUUUGUGUCACAAGUGCGACACAAGUUAUGCUAAGACGGAGACUGUUCGAAGACAUUUGGUGGAGAAACAUGGCAUCCCACGGGAAAUGCAAGGGAAAGUUAUGAGAGUAAAUAGAGGAAAAGGUGUAGGUUCUUCUGGACAAUAAAUAAAUAAUAUUUUUACUCA